AUGACGACGAAGCAGCGGCAGGCUCUGCCACUUUCCGACAAGGUUGACAUCAUCAGUCGUGUGGAGCACAGCGAAAAGAAAUCAGACGUUGCCGCCGCCUACAAGAUCCCCAGAAGUACGCCGAGUACAAUUCUUAAAAACAAGUCUGCCAUCCGAGACAAGGCCCGUGAACGUCCAAACGCGGACAACAGGCGCAUCCGUAAGCCGGCGUACGACAAGGUGGAAAAAGCGCUGUUUUUGGACAUUCGUGUGCGGAACCUGCCGGUCUCCGGACCGAUGUUGCAAAGCAAGGCUAGAGAUUUUGCAUCCCUCCAGAACGUUGAGGGCUUCACCGCUGGAUCUGGGUGGCUGCAGCGAUUUAAAAAAUAUCUUCCUGACACGCCACUUCGUCUCCCACCGGACACGCCCACCAUCCUGCCAAAAACGUUCGAGAGGCCAGCCUCAUCAUCAGCGACAUCAGCGGCGCCACACGAUAAGAGGGACCGGCCGAUCGCCUAUGCUUUCACUGGGCGUGGGAACAGCCAUACGAUGCGGACGGCUAACGUUUUUCGCUUCUUCUGUACGCAGGUUAGUAAUAUCGAUUCUUUGUACACUAAAAAAUCAAGCGAUGUUUUUCUUUUGGUGUUCCCAUGCCCACGGGAGUUGUUCUCGAUCGUCGGUCAGAGUAUAGAUGUUGUAAAAUUGCUGAUGCUAUGCGGCGACGUUGAGGUAAACCCCGGUCCUGAAACGCGUAACAAACAGCUUGACGACAUGUGCAAACUGCUUCAAGAUGGUCAGUCUAAUCUACUAAUGGUUGUAAAUGAAAUCAAAACAAAUCAACAGCAGUUGGAAGACAAAAUCACUGACAUCUCUAACCGGCUCCAGAAUGUGGAAACUAAGACUAAUGUUCUUGAUAGACUGGAUUGUGAAGUACGCACUACACAUCAGGUUCUAGAAGAAGUUAAAAAGGAAAAUGCAUUCUUGCGUGCUAGACUUGACGACCUCGAAGAUCGGUCUCGGCGAGACAAUCUAAUCUUUCAUGGUAUAGAUGACUCGCCCUCGGAGACAUGGGCCCAAUCUGAGCAAAAAGUACACUCGCUGCUUUCUAACGUCCCUGAGCUGAGCAUUUCUGAAGAGGGAAUUACUCGUGCGCACCGGCUUGGUACGUUUUCUCGAAACAAGUGUCGACCAGUAAUGGUAAAACUUGUGUCAACCAAAACUAAAGAGAGCAUCCUUUCAGCAAAAGCUAAACUAAAAACAUGGAACGUCUCAGUCAAUGAAGACUUCGCACCAGCCACACGUUAUGCGCGCAAGAAGUUGUUUGACUUCGCAAAAUCUCAGAGUCCCAAUAGUAUAUUUAAGAUAAGGUACAACAGACUUCACCUAAACAAGAAGUGUUACGCCUACUGCAGUACGAGUGACGAAGUUUAUGAAAUUUCUAGUGCUACCAGUGCUACUGAUAGAGGUGCCGAGUCACUCCAACCGCAACACGUGCAAUCAGCAACGUCAUAA